AGACUGGCAUAAGUAAGAAUUGUGAGCUAAAGAUGAUCUCUGUGAUAAAGCCCGUGGUAUGGUUGACUGUUCUCUGCUGUCUUAUACCAAGAGGAAUGUCACUAUCAGAAGACUCGACCGACUGCGAAAUAGCAACUUCAAGUGUUUCGAUAACUUGUGGGCUAAUAACGUUUUUUACUGCACUCGGUACUAUCUCGGCAUGCGCAGCAACUGCUGGUGCUGCUUGCGGCACACUCGUGGCUAUUGGCGCAGUGGCAUCACUUUGUGGAACUUCAGUAGGGCUACAAGGCUGCCCCAGUGGAGAUGAUAUGGAGGAAGUUAUUCAGCUUCUUGAAACAAUCAGAGAAGAUAUAGAGGACUUGAGCAGCGACGUUGACUUGAACUUUUACACUGCACAAUAUGAAGGCGAUAUAGAGGACAUCCGGAACGCAGGAAGGUCAUACAGAGAUAAUGUGCUAAAUACAAUUGUUGACGGCCGACUAACAGAUUCGUAUUUUACGAAUACUUGGAUGGAAAAAAUGAGGACAGAAUACAGUAUGGAGAAUUCAUUGUAUGAGAUUGGUGAUAUGAUUAAGGGAGAAGAAGAAGGCCUGAAUCGUAAAGCAUCCAUUUACGAUAUAGCAAGAGAGUAUGACCUUUGUAGUUACAGCCUUUACCGGUACGUUCAAAGUCUCAUCAUGGAGGGUACAAGCCUCACUUCAUCUUCUUGCACAUGGAGACACAAGAGAUUCCCGAGGACAGAGAGGAGAGUUAUCAGGAUAUGCUUCUUGAAAACGAAAGGAUGUAUCAAUUAUAUUGCCUUAACAACGUCGCCAUCGAAAGUUUCCGUAUCGAGAUAUCUACCAGAGCAUAUGCAAACACGGGAGGAAACCUCAGAAUUGGAGUUAGGCAAGGAGAAAAUAGCUGUGAAACAGUUGAAGAAACAUUCGUGGAACCAGAGGAAGGGGAAGAAAUGACAGAAGAUAACAAAGCAAAGUUUGGCUCUUGCCGCAACAAAUGGUUCCAGCCCAACUUCAAUAAGCAUCCCCUAGAAAUCAGAGUCCUGUCCGAUUCUGGGGACGAUGCCUAUAUAAACAGAGCAGCGAUCAAGAUUGGGGGAGUCUGGAGGGAAUGGGUCUCAGUAGACGUUAAAGUAAAUAGGCAUGGGGAAGGAGCAGAGUGGCGAGCUGUUAUUGAUCCAGUCGAUCCUAUAGAUAUUUCCAACUGUUUGGUUUCUCAAAGCUCCACAAGGAGUCUUGGUGGAGAAGCAGAGCGAGCCAUUGACGGAAAUACGAAUGGAUAUUUCGACAAUGGGUCAUGUACACAUACAAGUACAACAAGUUCAGGCCCCCAAUGGUGGAAGGUCGACCUAGCAGCAGAUUACAAAGUUUUCAAGGUAGUAAUCUACAACAGAAUGGACUGUUGUGGAGACAGACUUAUUGGAGCUCAGGUAUUUGCUUUGUCUGGACAAGCUGAGAAACAAUGUGGUGAAACAUUAACUUAUAAUCGAGAUCAUGUAGAGUUUGAUUGCGACUAUGUCAUCGCAGAUCAGAUCAGAGUAGACCUUCCGGAUGGGAUGUUAACUCUUUGCGAGGUUGAAGUCUACGGUGGUGAAAUGCCAAAAUAUCAUCGUAUAGACUCUGAUGACAUGUGGGCCUCUCAAAGUAGUACCUACUCAAACGAAUUGGCGGGAAGAGCAAUUGAUGGCAACACAGCUAAUCGGAGAAGUCAAAACUCCUGCACACAUACAGAAGGUUCAGGCUACCAAUGGUGGAAGGUCGACCUAGCAGCAGAUUACAAAGUGCACAAGGUCGUUAUCUACAACAGAAUGGACUGUUGUGAAGACCGACUUGAUGGAGCUCAGGUUGAAGCCUCUUAUGGAAACAAUUUGGUUAAAUUGUGUGGUCAAAUAGACUAUGAAAGCAGAAAAGGCACUUACACCAUCAAAUGCGGGGAUACAAUCGCAGACAGGAUUAGAAUCAUUCAAUAUGGCCAGUUCUUAACUCUUUGCGAGGUGGAAGUUUAUGGUGAAAAAGGUAAACUAGAAUUCAAUCAUCUUAUCAUUAAGCCGUAG